CCAGCGUUCCCUCUGAGCUCUGUCCCGGUAGCACGUCUACAGAGCGAGGGCGGGGUGAAUGCGGGGCGACCCCCAGAGCUGGUUGGGUGGCACAGUGUCAAACUGGGCGGAUUAGGACUGCCAGGGCUGCCAAUGAGCUCAAGGAGAGAGGCUUGCAGACCCUCCUAGGGUGACUCCUCCGAUCCGAGCUACUUGCCCCUCCGAGCGAAGUUACCCCGUGGGACCACCGACCCUAGGCCGAGCCACGGUACUUAGCUAAGGGGUUCCCGGUUAAGACAAGAGGGUGAUUUACAAGGCUCCAAAGGAAUGAGGCGGGUGGACGCAGUUGAGCUAUGUUCUGAGCAAGGGUAUAGGACCAGUGAUCGCAUUGGCAAAAACGGGGCAUACACCUAUUCCCUCACCUGGGUCAGGUGUGCGCCCGCUGGGCGGGUCCCGUCGGGGAGGCGGACCAAGGAGAGCGCCAUCCUCUUCCUGGACUGGAGUGAGGAGCUCGGGCACGGAGCGGAGCGGCGGGCACCAUGAAUAACCCAAUACCUUCUAAUCUGAAAUCAGAAGCAAAGAAGGCUGCCAAAAUAUUAAGAGAAUUCACAGAAAUAACUUCUAGAAAUGGACCUGAUAAGAUCAUUCCUGCCCAUGUGAUUGCAAAAGCAAAAGGUCUUGCAGUUUUGUCUGUGAUUAAAGCUGGGUUUCUGGUCACAGCCAGGGGAGGCAGCGGGAUUGUCCUGGCUCGUCUUCCAGAUGGAAAAUGGUCUGCACCUUCAGCCAUUGGGAUAGCUGGGCUUGGUGGAGGAUUUGAAAUAGGAAUAGAGGUGUCAGAUUUGGUGAUAAUUCUGAAUUAUGACAGAGCAGUAGAAGCCUUUGCAAAAGGUGGGAACCUGACCCUUGGAGGGAAUUUUACUGUAGCAGUUGGGCCCCUAGGCAGGAACCUUGAGGGCAAUGUGUCCCUGAGGAGUUCUGCAGCCGUCUUCACGUACUGCAAAUCCCGGGGCCUAUUUGCUGGUAUCUCCCUUGAAGGAAGCUGUCUAAUUGAAAGGAAAGAAACCAACAAGAAAUUUUACUGCCAGGACAUUCGAGCUUAUGACAUUUUAUUUGGAGAUGUUCCACAGCCUGCUCAAGCAGAAGAUCUUUAUGAAAUUCUUAAUUCCUUCACUGAAAAGUAUGAAACUGAAGGACAGCGCAUCAACUUGAAGAAAGUAGCACGAGAGCAGAGGAAGGCCAAAGAAUUACCUCCAAAACCAUCAUCAAGGCCACAGCAAUCCCGCCCACCUGUGCAGCUGAAUCCUGGCUCCCAGGGGUGUCAAGCCUCCACAGGACCAAGCUCAUCCCCUCCCACUGAGGCCAGACAAGGUAACAGAAAUGAAUAUAAGCUAUAUCCUGAACUUUCUAGCUACCAUGAGAAAAAUGGCAGUUUGAAUCAGCCAAUAGAAGUGACAGCAUUAUACUCUUUUGAAGGACAACAGCCAGGGGACUUGAACUUUCAAGCAGGAGACAGAAUCAUAGUUACAUCAAAGACCGACUCAAAUUUUGAUUGGUGGGAAGGAAAACUUCGAGGUCAGACUGGAAUUUUCCCAGCUAACUAUGUAACUAUGAAUUAAAGUUCAUGCUAUUUUGUUAUUUGAUAAUUACACAGAAGUAUUUCUACACAGACAGCAUUCACUAUUUGCUUCAAACUGUUUAAAGACAUCCUUGUUCCACAAAUGUUUUUAUCUAGUUGUUAAAUAUUUUCUCUGCAUAUAAAUAAAUGGUUAAAUUAA